CGGAUCAGGGCAGCAUGAGAUUUUGCGCUACUCGAGCAGAAGCAGAAGCAGAAGCAGCAGCAAAAGCAGAAGGCAGCAACAGCGCAAUGCCAUUUCAAUUGCUGCGGGCGCGGCGUGUGAGGAGCUGCCAUUAAUCGAGGAGCGGUAAUUAGUGCAACAAGAAGGAAAAAAAACUGCUCCAAUCGCCAUGCAGCUGCCAGUGGCAACACUGUGAGCGCCAUUUCACAACCGUUAAGCGCAACAGUUGCCGUUGCUGUUGCUGUUGCCGUUUUUGGUCGUUCGUCGUUGCAGCGUGCUGCUGUCCUUGAGCGUGCAGCAUGGAGGCCGCGACGACAGCGCAUGGCAAGCGACAGGACUGUGGCACAUUAACGCGCCAGGACUUCAAUGGCGGACCCGUUAGCAUAGAUGAAAUCGAACCGGGUCUCUUUCUGGGCAAUUUGACGGCAGCUACGCACAUGGAGACGCUGAAAUCCUUUAAGAUAACGCACAUAUUGACGCUGGACUCGGUGCCACUGCCGCAGCAUAUUGUGGAGGCGAGCUUCCUGACAACCAAAUACGUGCAGAUCUCGGACAUGCCACGCGAAGAUAUCUUGCAACAUCUAGAGGCUUGCGUGGAGUUCAUAUCCCAAGCCUUGGAGCAGCAGCAGAACGUGCUCGUCCACUGCUACUUUGGCGUCAGUCGCAGCUCGUCGGCUGUAAUUGCCUACAUAAUGAAACGUCAUGGGCUGGACUAUCAGGCAGCGUAUGAGCUGGUCUUGGCCAAGCGUCGCUUUGUGCAGCCCAAUGCGGGCUUUGUUGCCCAGCUGAAGCUCUUCCGUCGCAUGGGCUAUAAAAUAGAUCCCAACUAUCAGCGCUACAAGAUGCAUCGAUUGCGUCUUGCUGGUGAACAAAUGCGCAAGGCUAAGAUCUUGCCACAGAGCUUCCAUAAUGUGGUGCGUCCCGAUCCGGAUAUCACACGCGAGAAUCCUGAACCAAUUGUCUUUCGUUGUCGUCGCUGUCGACGCGUGCUCGCCUCCAAGUCGCAUGUGUUGGAGCAUCGGCCUCGUGGCACACCACAGCACCAGGAACAGGAGCAGGAACGGGAUCAAGAGCAAGGGCAACAGCAGCAGCAGCAGCAGCAGCAAAAACAGCUUGCAGGAGCCACUGGAUCGGCCUCGGAGCCACGUCUGCUCGAUCAGCUGGCGGAGCGCAUACGGAAAGCUUCGCUCGGAUCGCCUAGUCACGAGAACCUCGUCACUGCCGCUGCUGCCGCCGCCGCUGUCUCUGGCUCCGGCAACAACAAUUGCCGCAGUUUAUUAUUUGUGGAGCCCAUCGCCUGGAUGCACCGCAUCAUGCUCAACACCCAGGGUCGGCUCUACUGUCCCAAGUGCGAGCAGAAGGUUGGCAACUUUAGCUGGGUGAAUGCCUGCCAGUGUCCUUGCGGCGAGACGAUGACGCCCGCAUUUUAUUUAAUACCUUCCAAGGUGGAGCUCUCCAAGGCCGUGCAAAACGUGCAGACAACGGUCUAAAUUUUGUCUAUAUAUAUAUAUAUAUUUCUUGAUAUAUAUGUAUAUAUAACUAUAUAUUUAAUUGUAAUUAAUUGCCGGAUUUGUCAGAUCCAAUGUUAUAGUUAGCUAAUGAAAUUCGCUAAUGCUGAUUUAAUUAUAAUUAAGGCAAAUGUAAAUACAUAUAUGCACAUAUUUCUAUAUAUAUAUAUAAAUCCGAUGUGUGUGUAUAUUAUACGCAUCUGUUCCAAAUCGAAAUCGGGUUUUGCGCUGUUCCACAAAUAUUUGCAUUUGGCAUUUGAUUCGCUUUUUGCAUUAUCCAAAUAAAAUAUAAAAAAAAAAAAAAAAAACAAAGAUUUAUUUAUAAAUGUUAAUGUUAAUUAUUAAUAAAUGUAUUUAUUCAUUUUGAAAUAACUUUUUGGACAACUAUUUUGAGUAAACAAAAAACUUGUGAACAUUUUUCGGUGACAAUAUUAUUAAAAAAAGAAAAGAAAUGAAGAAGGAAAAUUGAUAUAUUAUAUUAUUAAUGCUAUAAAUGUUGUAUGUGCUAUAUCGAUAUAGUAAAUCGAUAUUAUAAAUAUUGUACUAUAUGAUUCGAUCCUAUCCGAUCGGCUUUGAUCUGCAGUUAAGCUGUGAUCUACCAAGUCUCGGAUAUGGGGUAAAUUGUUUGUUCUUUAUUCAAAAUGUUACAAAUAAAAUAAUUCAUCAAAAAAGAAAAGAAA